AUGUGGGGCGAGACAUUCGACGAUUUCGAGAAUGAAGAGCAAGAGCUGGCGGUGGCCAAGCAGAAUCUGAUGAGCGAGCCGGCGCGUGCCGAUUUUACCUUCUCGAAGCUUCCAUUGGGAAUUCAGCCAGUGGACUUCAUGAAGACGCAUUUCGCUGAGACCGCCGGAAAAUCCAUGCAGUUCCGUAAAGGAACCACCACUCUCGCUUUCGUCUACGAGCCAGCUACACCAAACGAUAAGGGAGGAAUCAUCGUUGCCGUCGAUUCGCGUGCUUCCAGUGGAGAGUACAUCUCUUCCAAGUCCGUCAUGAAGAUCCUCGACAUUGGAGACCGCAUGGUUGCCACAAUGGCCGGAGGAGCCGCCGAUUGUCAAUUCUGGACCAGAAUCGUCGCCAAAUACUGCACCUUGUACGAGCUGCGCGAGAAGAACUCGAUCACUGUGAGCGCCGCCAGCAAGUACUUCGCCAAUGUGCUGUACGGAUACAGAGGACAAGGCUUAUCUGUUGGAUCGAUGGUUGCUGGAUACGAUAAGAAGGGACCACAAAUCUUCAAAGUCGACUCUGAAGGCGAUCGCUGUCAGUUGAAAGUGUGCUCCGUCGGAUCAGGAUCGCUCAAUGCCUACGGAAUCCUAGACAAUCACUAUAAGCCAAAGAUGACGGAUGAGGAGGCUAGAAAGCUUGGACUUCGUGCUAUCAUGCACGCCACCUACCGUGAUUCUGGAUCCGGUGGAGUUUGCAAUUUGUGCCACAUCACACCAACCGAAAAGAUCCGCCUGCCACCAAUGGACGUCAGCAAGCUGUGGUAUGAAUUCGCCGAUGAGCUUGGCAAGGACAUUGUCUACAACCCAGUUGAAUAA